AUGUCGGCGGGCGGAGCGGCAGUCCCGCCGCCCCCGAACCCCGCCGUGUCCUUCCCGGCGCCCCGGGUCACCCUGCCCGCCGGCCCCGACAUCCUGCGGACCUACUCGGGCGCCUUCGUCUGCCUGGAGAUCUUGUUUGGGGGUCUCGUCUGGAUUUUGGUUGCCUCCUCCAACAUCCCUCUACCUCUGCUACAAGGAUGGGUCAUGUUUGUGUCCGUGACAGCUUUCUUCUUUUCCCUCCUCUUCCUGGGAGUGUUCCUCUCCCGCAUGGUGACUCAGAUUGAUGCCAACUGGAACUUCCUGGAUUUUGCCUACCAUUUUACAGUGUUUGUCUUCUACUUUGGAGCCUUCUUAUUGGAAGCAGCAGCCACAUCCCUGCACGAUCUGCAUUGCAAUACAACUAUGACUGUGCAGCCGCUCCUAAGCGAUAACCAGUAUAACAUAAAUGUAGCAGCCACAAUUUUUGCCUUUGUGACGACAGCUUGUUAUGGUUGCAGUUUGGCUCUGGCUUUACGAAGGUGGCGACCGUAACACUCCUUAGAAACUAACAGUCGUGUGUUAGUUUUAUUUGUCUACUUUGUAUCUCUGAUCAGUCUGGAUACCAUUUUAUCCGGAUGU